GUUGCGUGCUCGACCCCGCGAGGCGCGUCUCCGGCCCCUGCCUCGCGAGCUUCGCUGAAAGGAUUUGGCGCCAGGCGGGUCCGUCCGUCCUUCCUUCCUUCUUCCUCCGCAGCUGCCGCAGCCACACGGGAGGGAAGCAGGAGCAGCAGGACCAGCCGCCGACAUCCAGGCCGCACUCCGCCACAGCCCUUGCCGCCCGCCCACGGGAAGGCCAUCGCCAUGAGCAGCUCGCCGGUGAACGUGAAGAAGCUGAAGGUGUCUGAGCUCCGCGAGGAGCUGAAGAAGCGGCGCCUCUCCGAUAAAGGCCUCAAGGCCGACCUGAUGGAGCGGCUCCAGACCGCGCUGGACCGCGAGGAGGCCGGCGGCGAGCCCGGCAACGGCAACGCCGAGGAGGCGGCGGCGGGGGAGGCCGCGGCGGGUGGCGGGGGAGCGGCGGGCAGCGCCCCGGAGCAGCUCCUGGCCCCGGCUGCGGGCGGAGGGCCCCAUCAGGCCGCGGCCUACGACGACGACGAGGAGGAGGAAGAGGAGGAGGCCGAGUUCGGCGGCUGCGCGGAGGAGGAGGAGAUGGAGCUGGGCGAGGAGAACGGCGAGCGCGCGGCCGCCCGCGAGGACGAGGACCUCGAGGACGACGAUGACGAGAACGGCGACGACCAGGGCUUCCAGGAGGGAGAGGACGAGGAGGACGAGGCCGCCUCAGCCGCCGCUCCGGCUGGCAGCGGGGGCGGCAAUGCCAACGGUCAUGGGGCCAAGGAGGCGCCCAGCGCCAAGGCAGCCGCGUCUGAGGCCUCCGCGGCUCCGGCGCCCUCGAAGCAGACCUCGCCCGGGUCGCAGGCGCAGCCUCAGCCGCCUCCUCAGCAGCAGGCCCAGCAACCCAAGCCCGGCGGGGCUGCCGCGCGUCCUGGGGAUGCUAAAACUGAGCAAAAACCCAGUGAGAAAAAAAGGGGAGUGAAAAGGCCACGUGAAGACCAUGGACGAGGUUACUUUGAGUAUAUUGAAGAGAAUAAAUACAGCAGGGCCAAAUCGCCACAGCCACCGGUUGAAGAAGAGGAUGAACACUUUGAUGACACAGUGGUUUGUCUUGAUACUUACAACUGUGACCUACACUUUAAAAUUUCAAGAGACCGUUUUAGUGCUUCCUCACUGACUAUGGAAAGUUUUGCCUUUCUUUGGGCUGGAGGGAGAGCAUCCUAUGGAGUUUCCAAAGGAAAAGUCUGUUAUGAGAUGAAGGUAACUGAAAAAAUCCCUGUCAAGCAUCUCUAUACAAAAGAUAUUGAUAUACAUGAAGUAAGAGUUGGCUGGUCGCUGGUUUCAAGUGGGAUGUUGCUUGGUGAGGAAGAACUUUCUUAUGGAUACUCCAUGAAAGGAAUAAAAGCAUGCAACUGUGAGAUGGAAGAUUUUGGUGAAAAAUUUGAUGAAAAUGAUGUGAUCGGAUGUUUUGCUAAUUUUGAUGGUGAUGAAGUGGAACUCUCUUACUCAAAGAACGGACAAGAACUUGGAGUUGCUUUCAAGAUCAGUAAGGAAGUUCUCUCUGGACAGUCUCUUUUCCCACAUGUUCUCUGCCAUAAUUGUGCAGUUGAAUUCAACUUUGGCCAGAAAGAGGAGCCCUACUUCCCCAUACCAGAGGGGUACACUUUUAUCCAGAAUGUGUCCCUCGAUGAUAGAGUUAGAGGACCCAAGGGGCCAGAACACAAGAAAGAGUGUGAAGUAAUAAUGAUGAUUGGCUUACCUGGAGCUGGCAAGACUACAUGGGUCACCAAACAUGCUGCUGAAAAUCCUGGGAAAUACAACAUCCUUGGAACAAAUACUAUCAUGGAUAAAAUGAUGGUUGCAGGUUUUAAGCGGCAAAUGGCAGAUACUGGAAAACUUAACACACUGCUGCAGAGAGCCCCACAGUGUCUUGGCAAGUUCAUUGAAAUUGCAGCUCGUAAGAAACGGAACUUCAUUCUGGAUCAGACAAAUGUGUCUGCAGCUGCGCAGAGGAGAAAAAUGUGCCUGUUUGCAGGCUUCCAGCGCAAAGCAGUUGUUGUUUGCCCAAAAGAUGAAGACUACAAGCAAAGAACACAAAAGAAGGCAGAGGUGGAGGGAAAAGAUCUUCCAGAGCAUGCAGUGCUCAAAAUGAAAGGAAAUUUUACCCUGCCAGAGGUGUCAGAAUGCUUUGAUGAAAUCAACUACGUAGAGCUGCAAAAAGACGAGGCCCAGAAGCUUCUGGAACAAUACAAGGAAGAAAGCAAGAAAGCCCUUCCUCCAGAAAAAAAGCAAAACACUGGCUCCAAGAAGAGUAAUAAAAAAAGUGGUAAAAACCAGUUUAACAGAGGUGGACAGAGAGGACGUGGUGGAUUUAACAUGCGUGGCAACUUCAGAGGAGGAGUCCCUGGGAAUCGUGGUGGAUACAAUAGAAGAGGUGGCAACAUGCCACAGCGCGGAGGUGGUGGCAGUGGUGGGGCCAUUGGUUAUCCAUAUCCUCGUGGACCUGUUUUCCCGACCAGAGGUGGCGGCGGCGGCGGCGGUGGUGGUUAUACAAAUAGAGGAAAUUAUAGCAGAGGUGGAAUGCCCAACAGAGGGAAUUACAACCAGAACUUCAGAGGAAGGGGAAACAAUCGUGGCUACAAAAACCAAUCUCAGGGCUAUAACCAGUGGCAGCAGGGUCAAUUCUGGGAUCAGAAGCCAUGGAGUCAGCAUUAUCACCAAGGAUACUAUUGAAUUCCCAAAUAAAAUGAACUGAUCCAUAUUUCUUCAAAACCUUCACAAGAAAUCGACUGUUUUCUUUAGUAGGCUAACUUUUUAAACAUUCCACAAGAGGAAGUGCCUGCAGGUUCCUUUUUUAGAAGCUUUGUGGGUUUUGAUUUUUUUUGUACAUUUUUAAUUGCAGUUUUAAAGUGAAUCUUAAGAGAACCUCAGCAUUGUGCACGAUAAGAGAAUGUCAGUAUUUCAGGGUUCUACAUUUUAUCUGUAAAAUGUGAUUUUUUUUACCACAACAAAAGUAAAAUGUUGCUUUGUAUCUGGUGUCCUCUUAUUAAAGGUUUUCUUUUCUCUUUUUUUCUCUUCCCCUCCCAAAUUUCCAAGAAACAGUCGUGAGUCAUUGAAACAGAACAGUUAGCAACCAGGCUUUUUGUAGCGUCCCCCCAUGAAUAUUAAUACUGUGUAAAUAAUGCUCAUUACACUCCAUCUUCCACUCCAUCCUCUCUAUGCAGUUCCUAGGUAUGGAAGAGGGAAAGAAAUCAGAGUAGUCUUUUGGCAAUAAACUGGGAUGUAUUUUUGAUUUUUUUAAUUUGACAAAUGGUUUUUGAGGGCGCAAAGCAAACCUAAAGCUAAAUAGUGAAGGUGGAGUGCAUGUAAAACCUGGUUGCAUUUGUCUGUAGACUCAACUUGUGAAGGUUCACACCAUCAACUUUUUUUCCAUUUGUUCUGCAUUUUUGAUUCUGAAAAAUCUGGCUCUGCCCAUUUCUUAUUAAACAAACUUGUUGUAAAUCCAGUUGUCUAAUGGGAUCUAUAUGAAGUUAGCUGUGUGUCUGUAACCUUUUCCCCACAAAUACUAUGUAUUUAGUGUGCUUGUAGUAGUAAACUCCACCAUUUUGUAAACAAAUGAAAUUGUGAUUCACCCAUUUUAUAUCUUAAUUUUAAUCAUGUUUUCAGAUGGGUGUCUCUUUAGCCUGCUGAUUUACUUCUCUAAAGAAAGUAGGUGGAAAAAAUUAACUAGCCGUUUGUUUGCAAUAAAAUAAAAACAUUUUACUCUUGUUCUGGGAUUCUCACCACAUUGGUCUAAAAUCCCUUUAAUGGCAGAAGGAAGGAUAUACAAAUGCACAGAGAGGUGUAUAUACACCACAUGCAUACUUUCUCACAAGAGAAGCAUUUGGUUCAGUGUGCAAACAAUGCCUACAUUUGGACUUGUAAGCUUUCCACCUUCCCAGGAGCAUAGUGAGCCCUGCCUCAAAUGCUUUCUUUAUUUGUAGCAUUUGAUGCAAACAUACAUGUUGAAUACUAUUCUAGAAAACUUGUAAGGAUAUGGUACAGAUGAGAAAUAUGGAAAUAGUGGUUAGCCUAUUCCAAUGGAGAGAAUGCCUGUAUCAGACCUGCAAGUCACUUGGGGGUUGGGGAGGCGUGAUGAGAUGUGAAUUGCAGGCCUGUUACCUUGUUGUCUGCUGCUGUUUUAAUCUAGAAGUGAGUUGCUUCUAGAUGGAGGAACCGGGGAAGAGGGGAAAGCAUCUGAUUUGAGAACACAUGACAGCUGUUCAAAAAUGGGAGAGAGGCACUGAUUUGCAACCCAGGAGAUUACCCCCAGUGAAGUUUGCCAGCCUUGAUGACCAGAAACUCCUGACCUAUGAUUAGUAUAUCAUUGUAAUGCAUUACAGGGUGGGAGCAUGAACUCUAAGCUACCUGUCUCACAGUUCCAAAUCCUGGUCAAAGGUUACACCCACAACCUGUCAAUGCCUGUUUUCUUUUGCAUUCAAACUCAAAAUGGUGACAAGUGUCUGGUUGCCUUUCUGAGGGACUGCAGAGAAAAAGGUAAUAUUUGGUUUUGCUGUGGGAGGCAGCAUAACAGGAUGGACUCUGAAUCAGAUUUAUCACACACUAUCAACACUGAUGUAGCCUGUUGGGUUCUAACAAAAUAUGGAUAGCUGUAGAUGUGGCAAAACCACCUGAGUAUCCCUUGCCUAAGAAAACCUUAUGAAAUUCAUGGGAUUGCCCUAAGUCAACAGGCAAUUUGUUGGCACAAAGUUCAUAGAUAUAAAGGCAGUACAAUCUGUUAUAAUUGUAUUGACACCUUUAACCACUGUUGAGGCUUCAGGGAGCUGAUAUCUCUGGCUCCCCACUCAGAAUGUUGAUAAUUCAAAAGCAAAGGAUGGGUAAAUCUGCCAUUGCAAUAACAAGACGGCUAUAGCUGGUUGCAAUGGCUGGGGUCCUAUUGAUGACAGGUUUGUGUAAGCAAUUUGGAGGUGCAUUUUUUGUUGUGUGGUUUAGGCAUAGCUGGACAACCUUCAAAUAUUUCUUCAGGCCACCCUAACGUCCCCUUCACAAGGUUUUCUUGGCAAGAUUUCUUCAGGGAAGGUUUACCUUUGACUUCCUCUAGAUGCUGAGAAAGUGAUUUGUCCAAGGUCAAGUGGCUUCAGACAGGCUAUAGGCUAUAGACAGCAGUUGAACUGUAAGGCAAACGAGAAGCCCUGGUUUAAGAUGCUUGAAAAUGUUCUUAUAUUAAAUUUAACAAUGUGGUCUGGGGAAAGCAGAAUUGAACCAAUGUGUUGUCUUGUGAGCCAUGCCCUUCUGAGUUAUGGCAAGGUCUGAACUUUGUGCAACUUUUUAAAAGAUGCUAAUGGGGUUGGGGUUGGUUUCUUGCUGAGGUUUCUAAACAGGCCAAUGAUAGUGAUAUUCCGUUAUGUGGAAAUGCUGUAGCACAGAUAGGCUGUUUUAAAAAUGUUAACAUUAUCUAGAAAAACAAGUUUUACCCUUCUGAACCAUUUGAGCAAACUUGAUGGGCAGGAUAAUUGCGGCUUUCUACAUAUUAGGGCUAUAAGGUUUCAUUUAUGCUUGCAAAAUUGUGAUACUAGAAAGAAUUGUGGCAUUUCUGCUCAACUGUAACACUUAAAGAUUGGAGAGAACCAUUACUGUAAUGCCCAGGACAUUGCUAUCUGAAUCAAAUGGUUUGCCCCCACUAGUCUCACUGAAUCAAGAAGAACUUGAUAGUCAUUUACAGGCCAGAGGAUUUAACUAAGCUGUUAAGUCUCUGAAUCUUUGGGCUUCCAUUAGACUAAGUCAACUUUAUAAGACAGCGUGAAGUUAGUUAAUAACAAGAAACAAAUUACUUAGCUGUGACUAACAAUUUGGGCUCAGUGAUGCUGUUACCUUAGCAACUACUGAAUUUCAGUAUUUAUUCAACCAGUAUGGCUCCUUGAUUUUUUUCUUUCUGCACUGUAUAUCUGCUUUCCACUUUCAAAAACCUGGAUAUGGUCAUAAGUCUCACAUGUAUUGUGUAUUUUAGAAAAUGAGGAAUUGGCCAGAGUUUGUUUUUAGCAAUGCUUGGGAGAGUCCCAGAUGCAAUACCUGGUAGAACCUUUUGUCACCUGCAGCCUCCCAGUUGCUGUCUUAAGGCUAGUAAAAUGCAGAUUCCUUAGUUUAACGUUAAUCACAUUUACCUUGCAUUCUGCAUCUUUGCUUUGUUUACUCUUGCUUGAUGAUGAGUUCUGAAGGACUCAAAUGCUUGCACAAUAUUUUGUGACCUGUUUGCUUAAUAAAGAUAUUGCCCUUA